CUUGGAUCUCUGACAUGGAGGUUGGUGCAGGGAGCAGCGCCGUCCUGCAAUUCUGAGACACUGUGCAUGGUGGCGAGUCGGUCUUGGAGGGAGCUGACUUGGGCUGAUUGGGAGACGGGGAAGCUGCUGGCCUGGAGGAUAUACUGUCAUUCAGAGAUGUGGCCAUUGAUUUCUCUGCAGAGGAGUUGGAAUACCUUGGUCCUGCUCAGUGGAGUCUGUACCGGGAUGUGAUGUUGGAGAAUUACAGCAACCUUGUGUUCCUGGGUCUUGCUUCCUCUAAGCCAUACCUGAUUACACUUCUGGAACAAAUAAAAGAGCCUUCAGAUAUGAAGAAACGAGAGGCUAUCACUCUGCACCCAGGGGGAAAAUGCUAUAUGUGUGAAGAAUGUGGCCAAGUCUUUGAGUGGAAAAAAGUACUUCAGAAUCACCAGAAAAUUCAUUUAAGAGCAAAGCCUUGCAAGUGUGAAGAAUGUGGCAAGUCUUUCCAUUUUCCAUCAUUACUUUCUGCACACAAAAGAAAUCAUACAGGAGAAAAACUCUACAACUGUGAAAUAUGUUGUAAAGCCUUCCAUGCUUCUUCACUGCUUUCUUUACACAAGAGAAUUCAUACAGGACAGAAACCCCACGAGUCUGAAAAUUAUAGCAAGGACUUCCAUUAUCCAUCAUUACUUUCUCAAAACAAGGUAGUUCAUACAGGAGAAAAAUCCUACCAAUGUGAAGACCAUGGCAAGACCUUCCAUUAUCCAUCAACAUUUUCCAAGCAUAAGAAAAUUCAUACAGGAGAGAAACCACACAAGUGUGAAGUAUGUGGCAAGGCCUUCGACUAUCCAUCAAGACUUUCCAACCAUAAGAGAAUUCAUACAGGAGAAAAACCCUACAAAUGUGAAGUAUGUGAGAGAGCCUUCCAUGAUCCAUCAAAACUUUCUCAACACAAAAUAAUUCAUACAGGAGAAAAACCCUACAAAUGUGACGUUUGUGGCAAGGCCUUUCAUUAUCCAUCCAUACUUUCUAAACAUAAGAUAAUUCAUACAGAAGAGAAUCUCUGCAAGUGUGAUGUAUGUGGCAAGGCCUUCCAUUAUCCAUUAUUACUUUCUCAACACAAAAUAGUUCAUACAGGAGAAAAACCCUACAAAUGUGAAGACUGUGGCAAAGCCUUCUACUAUCCAUCAAGACUUUCCAGACAUAAGAAAAUACAUACAGGAGAGAAACCAUACAAGUGUGAAGUAUGUGGCAAGGCCUUCCAUUAUCUAUCCAUACUUUCUAAACACAAGAUAGUUCAUACAGAAGAGAAUCCCUACAAGUGUGAAGUAUGUGGCAAGGCCUUUGAUUAUCCAUCAAGGCUUUCCAACCAUAAGAAAACUCAUACAGAAGAGAAACCAUACAAGUGUGAAGUAUGUGGAAAUGCCUUCUGUUUUUCAUCAUCACUUCGUAAACACAAGAUAAUUCACACAGGAGAGAAACCCUACAAGUGUGAAGUAUGUGGCAAGGCCUUUGGUUCUCCAUCAAGACUUUCCAAACAUAAGAAAAUUCAUACAGAAGAGAAACCAUACAAGUGUGAAGUAUGUGGAAAGGCCUUCCACUUUCCAUCAUUACUCUCGGUACACAAGAGAAUUCAUACGGGAGAAAAACCCUACAAGUGUGAAAUAUGUGGCAAAGCCUUCUAUUGUGCAUCAACACUUUCUGUACACAAGAGAAUUCAUACUGGAGAAAACAACUACAAGUGUGAAGUAUGUGGCAAAGCCUUCCAUUGUCCAUCAACACUUUCAGUGCACAGGAGAAUUCAUACUCAAGAAAAACCAUACAAGUGUGAAGUAUGUGGCCAGGCAUUCCACGUUUCAUCUAAACUCUCUUAUCACAAGAGAAUUCAUACAGCAGAAAAACCCUACAAAUGUGAAAUUUGUGGCAAGGCCUUCUAUUAUCCAUCAAGACUUUCCAAGCAUAAGAUAGUUCAUAUGGGAGAGAAACGCUACCAUGGUCAAGCAUGUGGCAAGGCCCUUGAUUAUCCAUCAAGACAUUCUAAACAUAAGAAACUUAAUCAAGGAGAGAAACCACACAAAUGUGAAAUAUGUGGAAAAGCCUUCCACUUUCCAUCAUUACUUUCGAUACACAAGAAAAUUCAUACUGGAGAAAAAACCUGUAAGUGUGAAGUAUGUGGCAAGGACUUCCAUUAUCCAUCAAGACUUUCAAACCACAAGAAAAUUCAUACAGAAGGGAAAGCAUACAAGUGUGAUAUUUGUGACAAGACCUUCAAUUAUAAAUCAUUACUUUCUAAACACAAGAUUGGUCAUACAGUAGAGAAUACCUACCACAGUGAAGUAUGUGGGAAGGCCUUUGGUUAUUCCUCAAGAAUUUCCAAAGAUAAGAAACUUCAUUCAGGAGAGAAACUAUAAAUGUGCAAAGUGUUUGGAAACAUCUUCCAUUUUCCAUCAUCACUUUCAACCACAAGAGAACUCAUACAGGAGAAAAGACCUACAAAUGUGAAGUAUGUGACAGCACUUCUAUCAUCCUUCAAGACUUUCCAACCAUAAGCAAAUUCAUAUAGGAGAGAAAUCAUAUAAGUGUGAAGAAUGUGGAAAGGACUUCUAUUUUCCAUUAUCACUUUCUAAACACAAGACAAUUCAUAUAGUAGAGAAACUCUACAAGUAUGAAGUAUGUGUCCUGGCCUCCUAUUGUCCAUAAUUACUUUCUCAACACAAGGAAAUUCAUUACAGAUGUGAAACCCUACAAUUGUAUAAGUCUUGUCCUUUGGAACUUCCCAGAUUCUUUCUACUCAUUUCAUAGCCUGUUCUGGAGAGGAACAUUACAAAUAUGAGGAAUGUGGAAAAGCGUUCUCUACAAAGUCAUACUUAAGUCUACACAAGUUAACUCACAAUGUGAAGGACAUAUACAAAUGCAAAGAAUAUGGCAAAAUGCUCAACAAAAACUUUAGGGAUUAUCAAAGAAUUUGUUCUGGAGGAAAAAACCAUAUGAAUGUAAAGAAUGUGUCAAAUUAUUUAGAAGUUGCAUUAACUGAUCAAACACAGGGUAAUUCUUACUAGAGACAAACUUAUAAAUAUGAAGAACAUUGCAAAAACUAUUACCAGUCUUCUGGUAUUAAACAACACUAAAGAAUUCAUUUGUCAAAGAAACCAUACAAAUGUGAAGAAUGUGCCAAGGUCUUCUGGACCUACUAAGAACAAUUGAACCAUUUCACAAUUCAUACUAGACUGAAAUGCCACCUGUGAAAAAUAUUGCAAACCCUUUAAUAAACUUACUUAUAUUUCUCAA